GAAAAGUGAAGAUGUCGCAUUUAAUACUUUUGUUAAAUCAAGGUAUUAUUUGUCGAAAAAAAUAACAUUCAAUAAAUUUACUACUCCUUAGCUCACAAACUCAACAAAAAUCAAGAUAUGUGAAUAUUUGAUGUCAAAUUUGCCCAGUUAUUAUAAAAACAAAAAAAAAGCUUACACAAAUUCCGCUAUAAAUAGCAAUCUAACCGUUGUUUCUUCACAUCGUUUUAAAAUUCUGUAAAUCCGCCUUUUAUAUGUUUCCUUUCUACUAGCUCUCUCUUUCUCUUCUUUUCUGGGUUUCUUUGUUCAUCUUCAACACCUUCAAAUUCUCUCUCCUAAAAAUUAAUCCUAAACUAAUACUAUUAAUUAUGGUUUCAACAAGAAAUCAGAAAAAGCAAUCUCACCCUUCUUCAGAUCACCAAAAAUGGGAAAUUAUCUUCAAUGCUCUUCAACAAAUGCUUCGAAAACAAGCUUCCCAAAUCGAUACUCUCAUCGAACAACGCCAAAGUCUACAAGAACGCAUUCAACUUCAAUAUCAGCGUUGGAAUUCUGAUGUUCGCAUGUUAGAAGAUAUUAUUGCUCAGAAGGAGAGACAAUUGUCGUUGUCUGAAUUUGAGAAAAGGGUUGAAAUCUUUAAGGCCGAUUUUCUGCUGGGUUCUAAGCAAAGGGAAGCAUUGGUUAAUAAGCGUAAAUUAGAACAUGCUGGGAGUGAGUUGGAUGAUUUUAAAGCCUGGUUUGACAUUCUGUCUCAUAGAUGCCCCGAUAAAGAGGAUAUGACUCCGGAUAGAAUAUAUGAAAGUCUGAAAGCAAAUGGUGGACAUAUCAUCUCUAACGAGGCAUCGAAGCAUCAAACUAAGCUUGAAAAGGAAGUGGCAACUCUAAAACAUGAAUAUGAGAAGCUUUCUGUGAAACACAUGUCUGAUAUAUCUGCCCUCAAGGAUGAAAACAAAUUUGUUUGGAAUCAAUACAAGACGAUGGAGGGUAAAUACUCUGAUCAACUGAAGACUAAGAAUGAUGAAGUUGCUCAAGCAAAUGAGAAGAUCACAAACCUCCUUAAUAAUAUGGAACAACUGCAGUCGGCAAAUGUAGAGAAGGAUGAGACUGUUGCAACUCUAAGGGCCAAGGUCACUGAGGUAGAGGUUGAAGUGAACAAAAAAGAUGGAGAUAUUUCCAGAAUCUCAAAAGAAUUAGAGUUGUUAACAUCUACAAACACUGAUGGUGUACCUUUGCUAAAUCAGUGCUCUACUGAGUUUUCAUCUUCUGGAUUGAAAGUUAGAAGAAGCAGCAGAAAAAAAGAGAGUGCUGUUCUAAACGAAGAAGCAACUGCUGUUCAGCUACGGGCUACCAUUUCAAGUUUGAGAGCCAAACUUAUUGAGUUGGAAGCAGAGGGAAACCGAAAAAGUGAAGAAAUUUUCAGACUGUCAAAGGAAUCAAAGUUGCUAAGUUCGAAAACCCCUACUGUUAUGCCUGUGUUAAAACGCUGCAUGAAUGAACCAUCCUCUUCCAGCGGUAGGGGCAGAGGUAGAGGCAGGAAAGGUGGAACUGCUGCUGUGGAGGAAGAAUCAUCUUCUAUGCAACUUGAUGCUACAAUUGCAACUCUAAAAGACAAAAUCAGUGAGUUGGAGGCUCAGUCAAACCAAAAAAAUGAAGAAAUAUCUGCACUAUCUAAGGAAUUAAAGUUAAUUAAAUCUAAAAGCGCUGCUGAUACGCCACUUGUUUUAAACCAUAGUCGGCCAUCAUCAUCCAGGCUGAGAGUUAGAUCAAACAGCACGGUUAGUGAGAGUGCAUCUUUGAAGGAACAAAGUGGUUCACGGUCUAAGAGAAAGCGAGAUGUUAUCUGUAUUGAGGAAACACCAAGGUUAUUCACAUCCCAGUUCAAAAUCCCAAAAUUGAGGAGCCAAUCUCCUCAUGGAAGAUGACAUUCCUUGCUGCCUCACUUGUUUCUCCAGGAAGGGAGAAAUUUGUACAGAUAUCCAUUAGGCUCAUAUUUUUUGUAGUGGAUUUGUUAUUUAGCCGUAAUUAUGAGUCCUCUUUUCUACAACGAGUAAUAUGUAAUGUUAAUACUUCCCGUCUGCUUCGAGAAAAAUAUAGAUUAGAGCUGUAGAUUUUUGUAAAAGCUCUGCCUCCGUCUGUCUUUCUCAAAAAAAACCAGAUGAUCCCUGUUGUUGUACCAAGUUAGGCAACUAUUGUAAGCUGUAAGCUGAUUCUUUUGUGUGUAGACAAGAAUUACUCUGUAAAUGCAAUUAUCAUCUUGUUAUUGUACCAAGUUAGGCAACUAUUGUAAGCUGUAAGCUGAUUCUUUUGUGUGUAGACAAGAAUUACUCUGUAAAUGCAAUUAUCAUCUUCCAGGGUGUGCAAAGUUCUGUAUCCAAA